CCUCUCAUCACUUCGCAUCAGACGCAUCUCAAGCAUCAUGUACGCCCUCCGCGCCGCCCUCCGCACCCCCGUCCGCACCGCGCCCCGUGCACUCAGCACCUCGGCCGCCCGCUGGAAGGACGCCUGGGCCAGCAGCCCCGACAUGAACUUCACCGAGUUCAACAAGCACGUCCGCUCGCCCAACGAUGAAGUGCUCCUCAUCGACACCCGUGAGCCUGACGAGGCCGCCAUUUCGCCCAUUCCCGGCACGGUCAACCUUCCCUUCAGCAAGGUUGCCGAAGCACUCGCUGAGGGCAACAACCCCGGCAAGUUCCAGAACGACUUCGCUUUCCCCAAGCCAGCGUACAACCAGAAGAUCGUCUUCCUCGACCGGGCCGCCAAGCGCUCCGAGUCCGCUGCGGACGCUGCCCGCAAGGCCGGGUACCAGAACGUCCGCACCUACGGCGGCGGCGUUAAGGAGUAUCAGGAGAACGCUCACAAGCACCACGAGUGAGCAGGCGGCUGAAGGCAGAUAAAGAGGUAGACACAGAAACAAUGCAGGGGUCCAGAAGCUCCAGCAUUACACGCUCACGAGGACUCGGAUGUUGUGACAAUUGAGCAAGCUAUAUAGCAGUCAUCUCAUCACGCGAGGGAUAUCCGCGCUACUCACCUGACAAUACUGAUACGAGCGUCCCUCGGCCUCCAGCCAGGCGUAGCCGGUUUGAGUUUACCCAGCUUCCCAAAUGAG